UGUCCCUUGAAGAAACUUCACAACGCUCCAUCUUCCUCUCAACCCCUUUUUUCUUCUUCAAUUUAGACAAAAUUAUUAACAAUCAUCAAUUACUGCUACUGGGUUCGAAGAAUUAAUACUCAAAAAUGGCGGAAUAUCAGGAAAAAUCGAGUAAAUUAUCACCAGUUUCUUCGCCGGAAAUUCGAGAUUCGAUCGGCUCCUCAAAUGCUGGAGGGGAAGGAGGAGAUGAAGAAUUCUACGAGAAAAUUGAGGCCCCGAAGUUCGUUGACUUCACUGUGCCCGAUCAUUUCCGACCUGACGAUCGUUAUUGGUUUUGCCACCGUGUCGGAUGUGACCAAAAGCACGAGGAAGAAAUGGAUUCUGAAGCCAUCUACAAAAAUUUUGUUCUCCGGGUAAUGGCAGCUAGAAGUCCCAACAUAAGGUUUCGAAAAGCACUUGAUAGAAAUGCUUCGAGAACACCUAUAAAAUGCCCACUUUCAGCUCCUCCAAAGUCUUCCAAGCCAAGAGUGUCGAGGAUGGCUAUUAUUUCAUCGAUCUCUGAGAAGAUGGUUGAUGACAAGAAAAGGGUUGUUAGGCCUAUUUUGAAGCCGAGGUCUACACCAGUGACUAAGACAAAACCUGUUGCUGCGAAGUAUCUCACAACUCCAAGGAACAGAAAAUGUGUAGCGAACGAAAAUACCUUUCGAAGUGUUCAGAAUCCGAAACCUACUAACAGUGAAGAGCCAAAAAGUAGAAUAGUUGCGAAGGCUCUGGUUUUUCGCUCUCCUAAGAAAGCCAUCAAGGUGAAGACUUCCGUUGAACUGCGCACACCCAUCUCAAAAUUAUGUGACGGAAUGGAUAAACUUGAGAUUUCGAGUCAGAGAAAGCGUGCCUUGGGUUAUUCCGGCAAAUCAUCCAAGAAUUUGAUUAACAAUCCUUCAAAAAGGCCUGUUGAAUUACUUGGUUCUCAAACUUGCACCAAUCAAGAAGCUAAAUCUGGGAGAUCUAUUAAGAGUAAGAUCAAAGGAAAAUUAUUACAGAAACAUGCCUCCAAGAAAUUGUUGGGUAAUAAUCACACAGAUAGCUCAAACAACAACGAAAGUUGUGAUAUUAAACAGGUGGCAAAUAAAGUCGAAGAAGGGGUUGAACUUCAAGAAUCGAUACAUGAAGAAGCCUGUGUGUUUUCCGACAUCCCACCACCGGUGAAGAAUCCAGACUUGGCCUCACCAGAUGACACAAAAGGUGAAGAAAACUGUUUAGACCUAGAAGGAAGUAAUAAUUCAAAAUCUCGAGCUACAAACACCCAGGAGAAUAACAGUAAUGAUGGAAAUCAAAACAGUAGUUCAAGAGAUUGCAGAGACUUCACAGACCACUUAAAUGUGAAUAAUUCUUCUGAAGGGGAAAGAAACGAGCAUGACUUUAUGGAUGGUGAUGACAAAGAAAAUGCUGCAGCCUCUGAUGAGAACAGAAUGCACCACAAGAAUGUGAAGCAACAUGGAAGAAAAAUCUUUGGCCUGCAUGACAAAUGUGGUCAAGUCAAAAAGGUUGCUCAAGCACAGGAUAAGAAUUUGAAAGAGGGUUUGAUUUCCUCUGCUACAGUGAUGAAGCUGAAGAAACCGAAACCCACAAACCCUAAACCUUUCAGGUUAAGAACUGAUGAGAGAGGAAUACUUAAGGAAGCUAACUUGGAGAAAAGAAAUGAUUCCCUAGCUCCUCAAACUGAAUGUGCAAAUUUGAGCACACCAGGUAGGAAGUUGCAGAAGAAACAAGGGAAUGAGUUUCAAAAAGGGAGUAAGAUAGCAGGUCUGAAGAUUUCACAAGCGCAGGAGAGAUCAAAAGUGGUAGCCUCUGUGACACCAGAGAGUAAUAAACAUCAGGAGCCAAAACCAAUGAGCUCCCCUCUUGAAAGUAGAGCAAUUCAAAGGUUGGAGAAGUUCAGGAAAAGCAUAUCCCCUCUUCAGAAACAGUCUCUUAGGCCUCAAGGGCUUGUUGCCACAAAAAAGGAAAUAAUUUCUUACUUGGUUCCUGGUCAAAAACUUGAUGUGAUACACGAAGCUUCACCUGAAGUUUUAGAACUGAGAACGGCCAGAAAGCCAAUUGGUAAUGAUGCUCAUUCAUCAUCAAGGCGGCCUGUGACGGUUGCUGUCGGACCGAAUUUCCACAGUACUCAUGUGCCAAGGACUUGCACAAGGAAACUCAAAUAAGUGAUAGUGGGAUCAUAAUAAGUUAUAAGCUUGUUUUGUAGUGUUGCUGCGCCAUAUCUCGUUCAAUCAUUUAUUGAAUUACGUUGGAUACUUUCACUUCUUGUUCAAUUAUGUAAUGUAUCUUCUUAUAUCUGUGGUUCAAUUAUUCAGAUUUUUUCCUCUUGAAUAAGUGUAGUAUGUACCGAAACAGCAUGGUUGAAUGCAUUCUUUGGUAAUUCAACGCAAAAAUUGUAUGAUUGGAACUGAA